GCACUAAUAUCUGCUUCUGUGGAGAUCUUGUUAGAUAGAAUAACUUCUACAGAGUUUCGAGAUUUCUUUGCCAGCAAGAGGCUCAAUGUUUCUAUGUUGGAUGAGUUGAAGAUAAAGCUUGGGGCACUUAAUGCUGUGCUCAAUGAUGCUGAGGAGAAGCAGAUCACUGAUGUUGCUGUGAAGACAUGGCUUGAUGACUUGAAAGAUGCUGUCUUGGAUGCAGAAGAUGUGUUGGAUGAAAUCAACACUGAAUCUUUGAGAUACAAGGUGGAGGGAGAAACUAAAAGCUUUACCCAGGUGAGAUCAUUAUUUUCUUCUCCCUUUAAAACACUGAAUUCCAAACUUGAAGCAAUAUCUGGAAGGCUAGAACAUUUUGUGAAACAGAAAGAUAUUCUUUGUUUGCAAAGUGUUUAUAGGAGAGUCUCUUAUAGCAAAAGUACGGAUUCGUUGGUUGAACCUGUUGUGGUCGCUAGAGAGGCUGACAAAGACAAGUUACUGAAGAUGCUUCUAUCUGAUGUUGAUGCCAAGUCUAAUAAUAUAGAAGUGAUCUCAAUCCUAGGCAUGGGAGGUCUGGGCAAAACAACCCUUGCUCAAUGCCUUUAUAAUGAUAGUGAAGUGCAGAAACAUUUUGAUUUGAAAGCUUGGGUGUGGGUAUCGGACGUUUAUGAUGUUUUCAAGAUAACAAAACAAAUUGUUGAGUCUGUCUCAUCCAAAGAUUGUAACAGCACCAAUCCAGAUGUUCUUCGGGUUGAAUUAAAAAAUAGCUUGAAAGAUAAAAAAAUUUUGCUUGUGCUUGAUGACCUUUGGAACGAAGAGUAUAAUGAAUGGAAUCAAUUGAUAAUUCCUUUUACUAGUGGGAAAAAGGGAAGUAGGAUCAUUGUGACAACCCGACAACGAGAAGUUGCAAAGUUUACCCAUACAUUUCCCACUUAUGAGCUGAAAUCUCUGUCAGAGGAAAAUUGUUGGAGGAUACUCGCAAAUCAUGCAUUUGGAAACGAAGGUCAUGACAAAUAUCCAAGUCUAGAAAAAAUUGGUCGGCAAAUUGCAAGAAAAUGUGAUGGUCUACCAUUAGCUGCUAAAACAUUGGGAGGUCUUUUGCGAUCAGAUGUUGAUGAAAAGGAAUGGAAAAGAGUUCUAAACAGCAAGUUGUGGGCACACAAUGAUGUCGAAGCUGUUGCAGAGGACAAGUUCCGAAUGCAUGAUCUCAUCUAUGAUUUAGCUACACUUGUAUCAGGAAAAAGAUCUCACUACCUGGAAUGCAGUGAAAUUCCAAACAAUGUACGCCAUCUAUCUUUUUCUAGAAAACGUUAUGAUGUCUCAAAAAAAUUUGACGGCUUCUAUGAGCUCAAGUGUUUGCGGACAUUUCUACCAUUGGAUAGAUGGUACUGUAACAUAACCAGAAAAGUGCCACAAGAUUUGUUGCCAAAACUAAAAUGCCUAAGAGUGCUAUCAUUGUCAAAAUAUAAUAAUAUCGUUGAGCUACCUGAUUCAAUAGGCAUCUUGGUGCUUCUGCGGUAUCUUGACCUUUCCUAUACUUCCAUCAAAAAGUUGCCUGAUGCGACUUUCAAGCUUUACAAUUUGCAGACCUUGAAAUUAUCGAACUGUGCAUGUCUUACUGAGCUACCAGAGCAGAUAGGAAAUUUGGUCAAUUUACGCCACCUUGAUAUCAGUGACACAAAUUUGAUGGAGAUGCCAACACAGAUAUGUAGACUGCAAGAUCUCCGUACAUUGACUUCCUUCAUUGUAGGCAAAAAAGAUGGAUUAAGCAUAAGGGAAUUAAGAAAAUUUCCUUAUCUGCAGGGUAAGCUUUCCAUUUUCAAGCUACAAAAAGUUGUUGAUCCUAGCGAUGCAUUCCAAGCCAACUUAAAGAACAAAGAGCAGAUUGAGGAGCUUGUGCUGGGGUGGGGAAGCGACCCACAAGGUUCACAAACUGAGAAAGAUGUACUUGACAACCUGCAACCAUCUACCAUGUUGAAGAAACUAAGCAUCAGAUACUACAACGGCACGAGUUUCCCAAAAUGGCUGGGUGAUUCUUCCUAUUGCAAUGUUAGGGUCAUGCGUAUCAAUGACUGCAAUUAUUGCCUGUCACUUCCACCAUUUGGACAAUUACCUUCUCUUAAAGAGCUUGUCAUUGUAAGGAUGAAAAUGGUGAAGACAGUUGGUAAGGAGUUCUAUGGCAGCAAUGCAAGUGCCCAAUCCUUUCAGCCAUUUCCAUUGUUGGAAAGUCUCGAGUUUGUAGAGAUGUUAGAGUGGGAGGAGUGGCUACCAUUUGAAGGUGAACGUAGCAAUUUUCCUUUUUCUUGUCUGAAGCGUUUGUGUUUAUUCAAGUGCCCCAUGUUGAGAGGAAACUUGCCCAACCAUCUACCUUCGUUGAAAGAGGUUCUUAUCAAAGAGUGCAACCAACUGGAGGCAAAAUCAUGCGAUCUGCAGUGGAAUGAAUCAAUUGAAGAAAUGAGUGUUAAAGAGGGGGGAGAGGGGUUGUUGUCUUUGCUUGACAACUUGUCUUGUCGUCAACUAUCAAUUGAAAAAUGUGACAGCUUGCAGUGUUUGCCAAGAAUGAUACUGAAUGCCAACUGCCUUCAACUCUUGACUCUUACAAAUAUCAAGUCUUUAAUUUCCCUCCCAACUGAUGGUUUGCCCACGUCAUUGCAAUUACUUCGAAUUGAUGGCUGUGAGAAGUUAGAAUUUGUGUGUGAUGAAAGAUGGCACAAAUACACAUCACUUGUGUACCUGGAUAUCUGGAGGAGUUGUGAUUCGCUCGUGUUCUUUCCGAUAGAUUGCUUCCCAGCACUUCGAUGCCUCAGUGUGAAAAAUUGUCCCAACUUGGAAGCAAUUAGUAAUAAAGGUGGAAGGGCCUCUCCUAAUUUAUUAAAUCGUUUUACUGUCCGUGAUUGUAAGAAACUUAGGUCACUUCCAGAAGAGAUGGAUCUUCUUGCUCUUCAAUGCUUGUACCUUUGUGAACUUCCAGCUGGUUGCCUUCCAAGCUGGUUGCCUUCCAGCUUACAAACACUUACUGUUGAUGCUGGAAUACUAUCAUGUAUGUCUAAAGAAGAGUUAGUUUGCCAAUUCCAACGCCUCACUUCUCUUUCAACUCUUUAUCUUCGUGGUUUGGGGGAUGAAGAUGUGGUCAACACCUUGCUGAGGGAGCCAUCACUGCCCACUUCUCUCGAGUUUCUGAGGCUAUACAAUUCUGAUAGUUUAAAGUGGUUGGAAGGGAAAGGGCUUCAACAUCUCACUUCUCUUACAGAGCUUGGCUUCUACGAAUGUGGAAAGCUUGAGUCAUUGCCAGAGGAUCAACUGCCAUCGUCCCUUGAAUUACUAUGGAUGGUGAGGUGUCGAUUACUGGAAGAAAGGUAUGGAAAUGAGAAAGGGAACCACUUCUCAAAGAUUGCUCACAUUCCUGCCAUACGCAUAAACGAUCAAUUCAUAAUAUGA